GGUACAAUUCGGAGAGUAACAUGUUUAAGGUAACGACAUCUUUACACACCCGAUCACGCUGUUAACUAAUUCAGUACAUUUUUAAUGGCACGCACAGUUGCCAUCGGGCGCUCGUUACGGUUACGACACAAACAAAAAAUUACGGACCAUACACAUAACAUUUGUUGUUGAGCUGUUUUUUGCGAGAGGAGUUUGAUCGCCAUGGAGAACUGGCUGAAAAUAUCAUUGCUGCUGUGCUCGUUCGGCUUCUUUCGCGAGUUUCGUCCCUCGGAGCCGUACGUCACCGAAUUUCUUGCCGGAGAAUGGCGCAAUUUGACGUCGGAGCAAGUUUACCAGGAGGUUUAUCCGCUUGGCUCAUACGCAGUGCUUGCACAGUUGGUUAUAGUGUUUCUUAUAACGGAUCUGUUGCGCUAUAAGCCCAUCAUAGUACUUUCUUCAUUGGCGGGCAUUACGCUCUUUGCCAUUUUAAUCUGGACACGUACACUGUUUAGUCUGCAAAUUGCUCAGAUAUUCUUUGGCACCUUUAUGGCCGCCGAAGUGACUUACUAUACAUAUAUCUAUGCCAAGGUGGACAGAAGUCAUUAUCAAGAAGUUACAGGCCACACACGUGCAGCAAUUUUAGGCGGAAAAUUCUUGGGCGGCGUUCUAGCCCAGGUGCUCGUCUCCACCAACAGCAUGGACUUCUUCGAGCUACACUAUAUAUCCUUCGCCACGCAGAUAAUAUCAUUGCCCAUCUCGUUGCUGCUACCAAAAGUAUCCCGCAGCUUAUACUUUUACGCUGUGGACAAGGAUGAGGAAGUAGCUGCUGCCUCAGUGCCUGCAAUUCAAUUAAGCACCGCGGCGUCAAAGGAGGAGGAACAGCCACCGCCAAAGUUUUCUAUGACGAAAGCUGGUCGCCUGCUGUGGUAUCAUUUGACUUCCUCCUACUCAAAUCCCGUUGUGCUGCAAUGGAGCAUCUGGUGGGCAUUUGCCUCUUGUGGUCAACUUCAGGUCAUCGCCUAUAUACAGUUCUUGUGGAAGGAACAUGCACCCAACAAUCAGAGCACAUUCAAUGGCGGCGUCGAGGCUAUAGCAACGCUUUUCGGCGCUGUGGGUGCCAUUGUUGCUGGCCUGCUGAACAGCAACAAGCGCCGAGAUCUUUACAUGCUUAUCAAUUCCGUGUGUGUGGCUGUGCUGGGCCUGCUGUUGUUAAUGGCGGCACUAAUUAAAGAAGUCUGGUUGGCCUACAUCACCUACAUCAUUUUCAGCGCCGUCUUCUUCUUCAUCAUCACCAUUGCGGCAGCUAUUGUGGCCGAGAACCUGGUGGAUGAUAGUUUCGGUUUAAUAUUUGGCAUCAACACACUGGUGGCGAUGAUCCUGCAAACUAUUCUAACUGUUGUGGUUGUAACGGACACCGGAUUUGGUUUGCCGCCAGCGGAUCAAUAUGUAGUCUAUGGUACAUAUUUUCUGAUUUUGGCUGCAGCUUAUCUUUUAAUGUUAUUAGUUACUAAGAUUUGCAAGAAAAAAUAGUGACAAAAAUAUAAUACUUUUGUUUUCAAUCAAGCUGCUUAAAACAAGCGCUGUUCGAUAACCGAUA